AUGACUGAGAUUAAGAAGCAGAGAACCGAUUUCCAAGCUGCCAGACCAACUAAUGUUGGUAUUAAAGGUAUCGAGGUUUACAUCCCAUCCCAAUAUGUCAGUGAGGCUGAACUUGAGAAGUACGACGGUGUUUCUCAAGGUAAGUACACAAUUGGUCUAGGUCAAACUAACAUGUCUUUCGUUAAUGACCGUGAAGACAUCUAUUCCAUGUGUUUGACUGCUUGCUCAAACUUGAUCAAGAACUACAACAUCGACACCGACAAGAUCGGUCGUUUGGAAGUUGGUACCGAGACUCUAGUGGAUAAGUCCAAGUCUGUUAAGACCGUCUUGACUCAAUUGUUCCCAGGUAACGGUGAUAUGGAAGGUAUCGAUACUGUCAACGCCUGUUACGGUGGUACCAAUGCCGUUUUCAACUCUAUCAAUUGGAUUGAAUCUAGCAGUUGGGAUGGUCGUGACGCUAUUGUUGUUUGCGGUGAUAUUGCUAUUUAUGACAAAGGUGCCGCUAGACCCACAGGAGGUGCCGGCACCGUUGCCCUGUGGAUUGGUCCAGAUGCACCAUUGGUUUUCGAUUCUGUGAGAGGUACAUACAUGGAGCAUGCUUACGAUUUCUACAAGCCAGACUUCACUAGUGAAUACCCUGUUGUCGAUGGUCACUUCUCCUUAACCUGUUACGUUAAGGCUCUUGACCAAGUGUACAAAGCUUACUCAAAGAAAGCCAUUGCCCGCGGAUUGGUUCAGGAACCAAUCAGUGAUGAAGCAUGCAAUGUGUUGAAGCACUUCGAUUAUAACGUUUUCCAUGUCCCUACUUGUAAGUUGGUCACAAAAUCCUACGGUAGACUUUUGUAUAACGACUUCCGUGGUAACCCAUCUCUAUAUCCAGACGUUGACCAAUCUUUGGCUACUCUAGAUUACGAAAAGUCUCUAGUCGACAAAUCUGUUGAGAAGUUAUUCGUCAACGUUGCCAAGCCACACCAUGCCACCAGAGUUGCUCCUUCUUUGAACGUGCCAACCAACACUGGUAACAUGUACACUGGUUCUGUCUACGCCUCUUUGGCCUCUCUAUUAUCAUAUGUUGACCAAGAGCAACUACAGGGCAAGCGUAUCGGUAUGUUCUCUUACGGUAGUGGUCUAGCCGCUUCUCUGUUCUCUCUUGUUGUCCGCGGUGACAUCAGCGACAUAGUCAGCAAGCUGGACAUCGACAACAAGCUACAAAGCAGAGAGUGCCUCACCCCUCAACAAUACGAAGCCGCAAUUGAGCUAAGAGAGAAGGCACACUUGCAAAAGAGUUUCAAGCCAACUGGCUCUAUUGACCACUUGAGAGCCGGCACUUACUAUCUAACUGAGAUCGAUGACAAGUUCAGAAGAUCAUACAGCACCAAAGAGUAA